UUGCAGAACUCAAUCAGACACAACUUGUCCCUUCACAGUCGAUUCAUCAGGGUACAGAACGAAGGAACUGGGAAAAGCUCGUGGUGGAUGAUCAACCCAGAUGGUGGAAAAGGUGGGAAAGCACCACGGAGACGUGCUGUGUCGAUGGACAACAGCAACAAAUACACAAAGAGCCGAGGACGAGCAGCUAAGAAAAAAGCAGCCCUUCAAGCUGCACAGGAGACCAGUGAAGACAGCCCCUCCCAGCUGUCCAAGUGGCCUGGUAGCCCAACUUCCCGUAGCAGUGAUGAACUGGAUGCAUGGACAGAUUUCCGGUCUCGUACCAACUCGAACGCCAGUACAAUAAGUGGCCGCCUGUCACCAAUAUUGGCAAGUACUGAACUAGAUGAGGUUCAGGAUGACGAUGCUCCACUUUCCCCCAUGUUGUACAGUAGCCCACCCAGCAUGUCCCCAUCAGUAAGCAAGCCCUGUAAUGUUGAGCUGCCUAGGUUGACUGACAUGGCAGGCACUAUGAACUUGAAUGAUGGCUUGACGGAUAAUCUUAUGGAUGAUCUCCUGGACAAUAUAACCCUUCCCCCUUCCCAGCAGUCACCUACAGGGGGACUCAUGCAAAGAAGCUCAAGUUUUCCAUAUGGCUCCAAAGGUUCAGGGCUUGGUUCUCCAUCAAGUAGUUUCAAUAAUGUUGUGUUUGGACCAUCAUCUCUGAAUUCUCUCCGUCAGUCUCCCAUGCAAACCAUCCAAGAGAACAAGCAAGCUACAUUUUCUUCCAUUUCGCACUACAAUAACCAAACUCUGCAGGAUCUGCUGGCAUCGGAUUCACAUAGCCACAGUGACGUCAUGAUGACUCAGUCCGAUCCACUCAUGUCACAAGCUAGCACUGCUGUGUCUGCCCAAAACGCACGCAGAAAUAUUAUGCUCCGGAAUGAUCCAAUGAUGUCAUUUGCUGCUCAACCAAGUCAGAGCAGUUUGGCCAACCAGAAUCUGCUCCACCACCAGCAUCAAUCCCAGAAUUCCUCUCUCAGUGGCAGCCGUGCCUUGUCAAAUUCUGCCGGUACUAUGGGCUUAAGUGACACAAACAUUGGAUCAGCAAAACACCAGCAACAACCACCUGCCAACCAGUCUAUGCAAUCGCUUUCUGACUCCCUCUCAGGCUCUUCUUUGUAUUCCAACAGUGUGAGCCUUCCAGUCAUGGGGCAUGAUAAAUUCCCCAGUGAUUUGGAUCUGGAUAUUUUCAAUGGGAGCUUGGAAUGCGACAUGGAGUCCAUUAUCCGCAGUGAACUCAUGGAUGCAGAUGGAUUGGAUUUUAAUUUUGAUUCCCUCAUCUCAGCCCAGAAUGUUGUUACUCUGAAUGUGGGAAACUUCACUGGUGCUAAGCAAGCUUCAUCACAGAGUUGGGUUCCAGGCUGAAGGAUUUAUGCAAAGAGGGGAAAAUGGGCAAAGCAGGCCCUUCAUCCAACACGAAUCCUAAAGAAAAAAAAAAUCCUUGCCAAAAUCAACUGUCAGCAAAGACAGGGAUAUCGUUUACAGCAUUUGUGAACCCUGCAUUCUUUUCCUAAUGAAACAGAGACUGUUAGCGAGCCCCAGAACUUGAGGAAAGAACCGGCUUGUCUGGAACUGAACUAAUUUUGAAGUAUGCAAAUUUUUCUUAUUGUAGGGUGAUCCACCACCAACUUGAGGAUAUGUUGGCUUAGCCACCAUUCUGUUUCAGAAGACUGUGUAGCCUUUGCAGUAGUGUGCUUGUCAUGGCGUUCCAAAAUGGUGACGGGUUGCAGGAUGCUUUUGGGUUGGCUUUUGCUCUUCAGGGUUCCCCCCAGCCCACCCUUCUUACGGUGUGAGGGGUUUUUUUUCCUCCCUGUGAAAUGCUUUACUUGCCCCUUCUAAUGUGCCAAUUCCUCAUGAAAAUUAAAUACAUCCUAUUAUAUGCACAAUGAAAAGCUGAAUCCGUUUGGGCUUGAAAUAUCAACAGCACUUGAAUACCAGAGUUUCCAGAGGAAUAGCUGUAUUAUUAGCCUGUUGCAGCAACACCAAGGACGAGUACGGUGGCACUUUAAAGACUUAGCAAAUUCGGUAUGGCGUGGAUCAGAUGCUAAGAUAAGGUGGUUUAGGGGUAGAGGGGAAUGCUAAACAAUAAGGCGAGAGAGAAAUGCAACACAAGAAGUAUCAAUACCCUCUGCAUUUUGUUUCUGUCUUCAGGAUAGCACUCCAGGCAUGGAAUGACGUAGGCUCUGGUCCAUGAAACGUUGCUCUUUAAGAUGCCACUGAACUCUUUGUUGACUACUGCAAUCUUUAGAAUACCAACCAACCAGUUGAAUUCAAGAGGUAGUUUGUGAGAUGACUUAAUGUUUGUAUUUGCUUUGGUGUUUUUAUUUGGGGGUUGGUUAGCUAACUCAUUGGUUCUGAACCAAUCCCUAUAACUCUCCAACCAAAUAUUUUCCUAAUCUUGUAUGUGUUUCUUUUUAUUUCUGGUACCAAGAGAGGGUGGAUUUUACCUCACAAAAUUAGCCACCUAAUGUUGCAUCCUAACCAGGGUUCAUUUGGUGUGAGGGAAAAGGGCAUUUCAUCGUUGCGAGUCAGUAACUGACGUGUUGUCAGUCAGAUCAAAUCUAGCCUAGGGUUAUGCUAGCAGUUUUGCCCAAAUGCUGCAGUAAAUGUUAGCUUUUUUGUUCGCCCAUACAGCUUAGCAAUUGGCCAAUCUGAGGUGCAUUGUUUACCACUUGCCAAAUAUAACCACAUAGAAGGCAACAGCUUGCUUUCAGAUUAUUACUCUUAAUAAUAAUAGCAACAACAACACAAAAACCUAAAAGAAAGAAAUGACUAUAUUGCAUGAGAACGGAGUUUUAUGUAUCUGUAACAUCCAAGGCUUGGAUGAGUUAUUUCAUUCAUAAUCAUUUAUUCAUCUUUCUCUUCCUUAUUCUUUCCCUCUUGUGAUACAUGGUGGAAACUGGAAAAAGAUGGUUAGGAAGGAGACACACAGAGGGAAAAACCAUACAGAGAGCUUUUCAUAGGAGCGUAGAUUGUAACUGGAUAAAUUCCACUGAAAAACAAAGUAGUUUUUAUAUAUUUUGCUUAUAGGGAUUUCUUUUUGUAAAUUUAUAUAGUAAUAAUGACUGAAAGUUAUGGUGCUGUGCAAGUCCUGUUUAAUUAUUUUUUAUUGGUAUUUUUCCUGUGAAGUGGGGCAAAGAAGGGAAGAAAGAAAUAGGGAAAACCUGAUGGUACGUUUUAAUUUUUUUUUUUUUUUUUUCAAUGGUGUGAGGACACUUUGGCUUAGGACAACAUAUACAUAUUUCUCCAAAGUGAUAUAUGAAGAACUUUUUUUGGCAUAAAAGCAGAAUGCAUAUAAAUAUAUAAAUAUAUUUUAUUAUGUACAGAAACAGAUCAUUAUGCAUGAUUGUUAAGAGAACAGACUAGCAUUUUAACCCAAAGUUUCGGUGCAUGAGUUUCCACCAGCACGUGAAUCAUGUACCUGCGUGGUGUGAUUCCUCUCAGCUACCACCCUUCACUGCGCGUGCACACGCAGGCAUUCAAGCACAUUCACACACAUACAUCGGUGGGCCCUGUAUUGCUCCUUCUUUUCCAACUCCUGAGGUAAUAUUGGUGAAAUAACAGCUCCUUGUGUGAUGAAAGUUUUGUUUUGUACUGUAGCUGCCUCCUCCGUGUGCUGCGCUAUUCUCUAGAUGAACACAUGAAUUCCACCAUGCAGUUCAUAACUUAAAUGAUGACAAUUCUGUGCUGUUGUGGUUCUAAAUAGCUCAUAGAAUAUACACUUUCAAACUAGUUAAAGAUUUUUAUCAUUUUCCAAAUAAAUACAGAAUUAUUUUUUUAAUAAUUAAGGUGGUAUAUUUGUCUAUGGCAGGGCAUAGUUUAUCAUGUUUCUUUAAUUAAAUAGAACCAAUGUGUGUGUUUGUUCUUCACAUUGGAAAGGGCUUCCCUGAAAGGAAUACAUUAUAAAAAUGUCAUCUGUUCCAGGGGCUUAAGAGAAGUAUUGACUUAUCUUGAGAGACUCAGUUACAGGUACCUAUUACCAAAGCUAGUUAAGAAUGUGCUCACAUGCCUUUACUAAAUAUGAGUAUCUGGCACAUCAUUAUAUGUGAAUUAAGCCAAUGAUGAUAUUAUGGGAUGUUUGUUGUUAUUUUGUUCUUUGAAAUGGAAAUGUAUUUGGUGAUGGACAAUUUAUUUCCAAGUUUCUGUCUAUCUUCUCAACAGAAACUCUGUGCAUAAAAAAAAUCCGGUACUGUAUAAAGUUUAUGGUUUCCUCUACUUUGACUGGGUUUCCUUUCAAUACUUGAAAAUACAAUAUAUCAGGAAGCUGAUGCAGAAAAAGGAACAGAUUCAUUUCUCAGCUCUAAUUUUCAUCAGGUGACCAGGGAUGCGAUGACACCAAAAUGACAGCCUGUAUGCAGUGACAUCAUCACACAAAUGCCAUGAUUAUGUACUUGCAUUUCAACAUCUGACACAAGUACAUACACUGCAACCUUUCUGUGAUGUUGCCACAGCUGUUUUGUCAUUAGCCACCACCACCCCAUCUGCAGGUGCCUGUGCAGCUGAUUAAUUGACAUUAAACAAAGAACUAUAUUUGGAGCCUGGCCAAAUUUAUGCAAGUUUUAAAUCCCACUGAUUUCAACCAACUUCAGUACCCACCAUAAAUAUCAGUAAUGCUUUGAGACUCUCCUGAGAUUAAAGUCCUAUUAAACCAAGGAUGACUUUAGAAUAAGCCUGCGUUAAUUAGAUUGCACAUUAGUAACAUUAAGCAAUUACUGGUAACAUUGAAGCUGCUGUUUUAUUCAUGGAUGAUUCCAUAUACAUUUCAGUAGGAAAACCUCCACCUCCUCAGUUAGCAUCUGUACAUAUUUAAAUAUUUUUAUUUAAAUGAUAAAAAAGCAAACUGGGGAGGGGGGAAGAACCAGAGCUGAGUGAUAGGGCACAGACAUUGAUAUCACAUGUUCCAGGUUCUUCCUCAAAGCAUCCUUGGGGGUAUGAUGCCAAUCAAUGGAAAAUAAUAUUGACUUAUAUGAAUCCUUGGCUUGAUGCGAUGUAAGGCAGCUGUGACCUGAAUUUUUAUAUUUCUUGAGAGAGCUGUUGGGGGACAAUCAUGGAAUCCCAGGCACAUGUUAGAGUGAUGAUGAUGAUGGUAACAAAGGACCCUUGUGUGUGUGUGUGGGGGGGGGGAACAUGGCAUACUUACAAACCACUUUAGCCAGGAUACUGGUAUUACAGGCAAUUGGGUAAAUUGGCUUCAACAGGAUAAAUUCAGUUCCUAGGAUCCCAGUUGAUGAAAACUGCAAUAAGACUGCACUUCUCUGGAAAAAAAAAACUACUUUGAAAUUCAGAUGCUAUUACAGUCAAUAUGGGCCUGUUCGAAACAAAUUUAAGCCUCGUCCUGUACAAGCUUACUUACAAGUGUCUCAGAGGAUAUCGAACUGUUUCCAGACCAUCACUCUCCCUGUGAGUUAGACUGCACUUCCCAGCGUUGGAACCAGCAGGCCCUUUACUAGGCUGAUUGGGAAGUGAAUUUUUUUCUAGAGGUGAAGACCAAACAUGGUAUGCUGGAUUAUUUUCUCAGUCACAGGAACCUUUAACGUAAAGCGAUUGCAUGGAAAUCCAUCACUUGCUCUACGUCACUUCUUUUCCUGUUUGUCCCCUCUGCCUCUCACAAUAUAAACAACUCCAGAUUUGAGGUACUAUCCCCAACUGGGAACCCAGUCACAAAAUUCUGCUCUCAAGGAUCCUUCCUAGCAAAUGGACUGCUGCUUAUAGCUUAAGCUUUCUGUAUUAUCUUUUGCCUGGAGAAUGGCCACAAAACAUACAAUGACUGACCCAAUUUUCUUCCCUAGUUACAACUAUGGUGUUUCUGUUGGCCUAAAGGAGCCAGGUGCUAGGCAAAAGCAAGCAACCAAUAAAUCCUCAGACACUGGUCUAGUUCAGGUAUACCACUAAACCAUGGAUUCAAGGCUGUAUAUGGCCCACAGGCCAGAUGGCAAUAUGUCACACACUAUGAGGCUCUUAUUAGGGGAAGAAAGUCAUCAGACGGCCCCCAGACCAAAAACGUUUACUCCCAUCUGCAUUAAGCUAUGGUUUAGCCUGAUGGGGAUGGGCUGUCAUGAAUAUUCCUUCCACUUGACCACCAGGGCAGGAGACAGAUGCUUUCACAUUCGGUGCUGAAUAAGUUGCCGCUUACCAUUACAUUUUUAAAUCCAAGAAGUCUGUAUAAUUUAGUCCUUGUUUGUUUGCAUAAGCAUGGUUGGAAUAAAUCAGUUUUUAAGUUGGGAUCAAGUGGAACACCCCCACCCCCUACCCCAUUUAUUCAUUUGCAAAUGUACAUUUAUAUUGCUUUUUUCACACCAAACUGAAAGUGGCUAAUGAAUAAAAACAUUAAACAAUGAAGGUGAAAGCUGCUUAACUCCUCAAUUCGUGCAGGAAGGAGGAGCAAGGAAGGAAAGAGUCCAAGCUCAAGGAGCAACCCAUGUUCCUCUACCUGAUACCUUCCAAAUGUCUUGGGAACAACUCCUCCCAGAAUUCCCCAGCCAGCCAAUAAAUAGAUUGGUUGGGAAUUCUGAGUUGCACUGUGCUGUUCUUUACCAAUAGGUUUGCAUUUGGCCAUCAAGCCAAAUUAUUACAUAUUUCUUUCAUGGAAAGCUAAUACAGUUGCUGAGACCCUUUUUGCAACCAAGCUCCAUCUUUAAAAGGUAAAUGUCAACCCCUAACCUUGUAGUAGUCCAAUAAAGAUUUGAGUUUCCAAACCAGAUACCAUCCCAACUGUCCAUCAGUUAACACAUAAGGGUUCACUUCUGAACAUUUCUGAAUACUCCAGUGCUAUAAAGCAUUUAAACAUGAGAUCAUACUCUUGAGGAGUUUCCUUUUUAUGUACAUAAAUUAGACUCCAUUUUUCUAAGACUGUUGAUUGAUUUGUGGGAUUGCACUUGUAAAAUAGAAUUACACAACUAACUCCCAUCACCCUAAUUUUUGAAUUAUGAGCCCAUUAAAAAUUGAAAUAAGGGUUGGCACAGAUACACAAGCAAUUUUUUUUUAACUGUCUGCUGAAUAGCUCAUAUCAUUCUCUUUUUAGAUUGAAUCUUUGUUUUUACUGUUACAGGAAUACUUUUUCUAAAUCAUAAGUUAACCAGUCUGCUGCCCAUCAUAUCUUUAUCUUAAGAAAAAAAAAGUGAACAUGUUGCUCUUGAAAAUGACAUAAUUGCCUGGCAGCCAAUCUCUGUUCAUUACAUUCUUUACAUGAUAUAUAUCAGAAAUACCAGCUGAUAUGGAAGGGGACCAGAUACUUUAACUUGCUAUCAGGAGGGAUGAGGGAUAUAUUGUACAUUUUGGCUUCACAUGUGGAACUUUUUUUAAUCAAAAAAGGUUGUAUGAAUGGACAAAACAUGUAUACAGUAUCUGUACAACUGUCUUGUCUGGAUUAUUUCUUUCACUGUUGAGCCACAUCCUUUGGAAGAAUAUUCUAUCACUGCCAUAGUACAUGGCCAUCUUUCUGAAAGGGGUGCACAAUUUUUACUUUUUGUAUGAGCUACUUGCAGUUUCAUUUGAAAGCUGGCAGUGUCAUAAACUUAGAGGAGGCUUUUCUGAAACCAAAUGCUGACAUAGGUGAAUAUACUACCUUACUACAUAAGAAUUGGAUGUCAGUUUGAUUUGGAAAUCUUUCCCUUUUGCAAAUGAAAUAGUGGUGCAGAGCUUAACUCCACUUGAUGUUAGUAGAUAUUGCCUUGUGUACUCCAUUCUCAACAGUAAUCUAGUUUGUAAAAUAAAGUGUGAUGCAUGUAAAUAAAGCAUAAUGGAUCUCUAU